AUGUUAAGCUCUGCCUCUGCUAAAAGUGAAAGGCAAUAUGAACUGAUAAACUACUCUGUGGGUAAGGCAUAUGACUGGGAAGAGUUUGCUGUGACUCUGCAGCUUCCCCAGAGCACAGGAGCAGCAUCUUACCUUUCUGCCUCAGCAAUGGCAGAAGCUGUAAUAAGGCACUGGGUGGAAACUCCUGUACGCUACCAAGAGCAGUUUGCUCUCCAAGAGCUGGAAGCACACAAACUGGACCACUCUUUAUAUGCUUUGCCGGGCCCUUCUACAACUGCACAGAGCAACAGAAGGUAUACUGCAGAAAGUUCAGCUGAGGCCGGGAAGAGUGGCCAGGAGAAGGAAAACACAGGCUUCCAGGUCUUACUGGACGUUGUGCAGUUCCGCCCCGAAGAUAUCAUUAUUCAGACUUUCGAAGGCUGGCUCCUGAUCAAAGCUCAGCACGGACCCAGGAUGGAUGAACACGGUUUCAUAUCCAGAAGCUUUACCAGACAAUACAAAUUACCUGAUGGAGUGGAGAACAAAGACUUGUCUGCGCUUUUCUGCCAUGAUGGCAUUCUGGUUGUUGAAAUGAAGAACUCUGUGGGAAAGAAUUAG